GAUCGCCCACAACAUUGCCCUAAACAAAUGGAAAUGGAGGAACCAUCACCUCCUCCUGCCUACUAUGCCGGUGGUGACUAUGGCGGCGACGAGACGCUGGGGAUGCGGCUGGUGGACACCAUGGCAGGCUUUGCGAGGCGGCUGUGGACGUCGUCCUACACGGUGCUUACCGUGGAUCUCAGGAGGGCCUCCAUCACCUACGACGGCCCCCCUCUCCUCAGGAGGCGCCGCCGCCAAGCAACACGAAGCAGGAGCUCGUCGCCGCCACCGUCUCACCGCCGCCUGGUGUCGUCCGGGCAUGGCUACCUCGUCAACGAACGAGACGCAGAGAGCAGCGGCGGAUGGGCUGACGGGGUGGAGGCAACCAGGGCUCAAGCUCGUCUCAAGGUGAUGCAGGUGUGGGAGCUGAGCACGCGUAAAGAGACUCCGGAUCCCUGGCGGCUCAACCUGGGGAUCGGCGGGGAGUUUGAGGUGGACAAGGGAGAGGUGAAGCCCAAGCUCAGGCUGCGAGCCAAGCAUGCAUCGCUACACCUCCUCCCGCUGCCCGCGAUUGAGCUGCGCCGCAAAUGGCCUCUGCCACCCUCCUCCUACACACACCUCGGGAUCGACGUUCGCUGCAGAAUACCCCUCGCUAGCCCCGACAAGAUGCUGGACCCGGCCUCCGGCCCUCGCCUCAUGGUGAACGUCUACAACAUCGGCGGCACUGGCAUUCACUUCACUCCAGGGGGUCUCUUGUUCGAGGACAACGUCAUAGAGCUGGGCAGAUUCACGAAGAUGCGCGUGGCGGCGGCCCUCGAGUUCCCUCGGGAAUUGCCAUGGAGUGAGGAGGAGAGGCCCUUCAAGUUGGAAGUUCGUCGAGUAGGGAUCAAAGCUAGAACACUCUGAAACGAAACCGGGACUGUAAAAAACAGCGGAACAAAAUAAGAAGGAAAAAAAAAAAAAGAAAAUUUGCCAUCAAAAUGGAAAUUUUCUAGGCGCACGCCAUAGCUGGCACAGCUUCCGUUUGAGUCUUCUUGGCAGCGCCGUGUUUCUUGGUGACAAACCUGAAA